CGGAAACGGGCGAUCGGCCCGGGUGACAUCCCGACGGGCGCGGAGAGCCACCGGGGCUGAGCUCGGAGCUCGGCGGGAGCCGAGGGGCGUCGUUGGUCUCCCUCCUUCCCUUUUAUUCCCCUUUCCGUUGGUCCGCCUGCUCUGGGACUACUUUGUGUGUCCCUCCGCUCCGUUCUGCUGCUCUCCUCCUCCUGUUUUCUCUCUUUCUCCUUCCCUCUCUUCGGCUGCUCUUCCCGGAGAAAAGAAAAAGCAAAGAAGAAGGAAAAGGGACGACUUCCCCCCCCUCCCCCGCCCCAGACAUCAUUUUCAAGCCUUUUAAACCCGGCUCUUCCGCCGCCGCCGGGGCAUCUCUGCUUCUUCCUUUAGCCUCGUUGAGGACUAGUCUCUUGAGCAGUUUCAAGCCGCCCCAACCAGCCGCAGCUCGGGGACUUUUUGAGGCGGUGGUGCAAGGGGGCUGCCUUUCCCAGCCUCUGAAAACAGCCCCUGGCAAGCGGACAGUCUCUUGCUGUCUUUGGCAGAGCCCCGUUCGAGGUUUCUCCAUGAAUUGGAGGCUGGUUUUUUGGCUUUCAAAUUGAGGGUUGGUGUUUUGUUUUUUGGGUGGGAGGCUGUUUUGCUCUUGUCAGCCUCGAGCAGGGAGAAUUGGGUCCCUGACUCAUUGGGGAAGGGGCUGCUCUGGUCAGUGGGCUGCUCUAAUCCAGACCCCAGCUUCUUUUUUGGGGGGGGGAGCCCACCCUAUUAUCUCCCCAAGGCUUGGAGCAUCUUUUCUGGGUGGCCAGGAUCUCCCUGCCCACCCGCACCCCACUUCUUUGCCUGGCUGCUGACCCCUUCAUGCCAGAGCUGGGACCCUCCUGCCCCACUUUUCGUACCCCUCCUCUGAUCUCAAAGCAGCCCACCAUCGUCGCCUUGCUCACCCCCAAAGUGGGAUCCUGAUCCAAUUUGGCAGCUUCCUCGGACGGGACUCCCAUCCUCAUCAUCAUGUCUGUGGCAGGGUUGAAGAAGCAAUUCUACAAAGCCAGCCAGCUGGUCAGCGAGAAGGUCGGCGGGGCAGAAGGAACCAAGCUGGAUGAAGACUUCAAAGAAAUGGAGAAGAAAGUGGACCUUACCAGCAAGGCUGUUGCAGAAAUCUUGGCUAGAACCACGGAAUACUUGCAGCCUAACCCUGCCUCCCGGGCGAAACUGACCAUGCUGAACACGGUUUCCAAGAUCCGAGGGCAAGUGAAGAACCCAGGGUAUCCACAAUCCGAAGGCCUCCUGGGCGAGUCCAUGAUGCGAUACGGCAAGGAGCUGGGCGACGAUUCCAACUUCGGCGACGCCCUGCUGGACGCCGGCGAAUCUAUGAAGCGCCUGGCCGAAGUGAAGGAUUCUCUGGACAUCGAGGUCAAGCAGAACUUCAUCGAUCCCCUUCAGAAUUUGUGCGACAAGGACUUGAAAGAGAUCCAGCACCACCUGAAAAAGCUAGAAGGGCGACGUUUGGACUUCGACUACAAAAAGAAACGCCAAGGGAAAAUUCCCGACGAAGAGUUGCGACAAGCUCUGGAAAAGUUUGAGGAGUCCAAGGAAGUGGCUGAGACGAGCAUGCACAAUCUUCUCGAGACCGACAUCGAGCAAGUCAGCCAGCUUUCUGCUCUGGUGGAUGCGCAACUCGACUACCACAAACAAGCCGUGCAGAUUCUGGACGAGUUGGCCGAGAAGCUGAAACGCAGGGUGCGAGAUGCUUCUUCACGCCCCAAGCGAGAAUAUAAACCGAAGCCCAGGGAAUCCUACGAAUUCGGAGAGACCUUGGAUCAGUCCAACGGCGGAUUUUCCUGCAACCCAGCGCCCAAAGUCUCCGCAGCUUCCUCUUCCUUCCGAUCCGAAAAGCCAUCCCGGACCCCCAGCAGGAUAUUUUCCCCACACCUGGACCAGCCGUGCUGCAAGGCGCUGUACGACUUCGAGCCGGAGAACGAGGGCGAGCUGGGCUUCAAAGAAGGCGAUAUCAUCACGCUGACCAACCAAAUCGACGAGAAUUGGUACGAGGGCAUGAUCCACGGCCAGUCGGGCUUCUUCCCUCUCAACUACGUGGAGGUCCUCGUUCCACUACCUCAGUGAAAAUGGCUGGCGGCCUUUCUCCGUGGUUCUUCCAUCCUCCUCCCUCCUUCUCCUCCUCCUCUUCCUCCCUUCCCGGCUGACCAACGCAACGGCCGGGGAUGGAGUUGUUCCUUCCUUACAUUCCAGGGAUGAGAGGGUCUACCUGACACUAAUUUUCCCCCCUUCGGGGUUGGGGGUGGGAAGGUUUUUUUUUGGGGGGGGGGGGGGGGUGCCAAGGGCCGGUCCCGGAGGCGGUAGUCAAGCCGGGCGGCUAGACCCCUUUGGGGUGUGAUGGGAUGGGGGCGUUCUAAGAAGCACAAAAAGGCCGUAAAACUGCUUCCGUUGGGUGUAAGGUGCUCUCUUCUCCAUACUGGUUCAGUUGGGUCCUCCUCGUGGGUUUCAGAACAUCUCCAGGACCACCAAAGAAAAUGGUGGCUGGUGUAGAGAGUUGAGGUCAAUGGGGAUUGUGUGUUCUGUGUGUGUGUGUGUUUGUUUGUGCUAACUCCAAGCCUUGCGUCACCUUUGAUAAGAAAACCCACCGUCUGCCUUUCCACAGGAUGGGCUCCUCCACCACCACCAGGGCCCUUCUCCUUGUCCAAGUUCUUCUUGAGCUUCUGCUGAAGCAGGUUGACCACCAAUGGCCUUCCCACAUAGGUCUGGCCACCAUGCCCAGAAAUCACCAAUCGAUUUCCUGGAAUUGUCAUUCGAGUGUCCAAAAUGGUGGGUGAUUGGAAGGACUUGGAUCUGAAGUUUCUUUCAGUGUUUUGAGUCUUGAUGGCCCAACUUGGACCACACUUUUUGGAGAACACCAACCUCUACAGUCCCUGGGUCGGGAAGAUCCGCCUUCCAACCAUGGGACCAGAGACUUAUGGGAUGCCUGGGUCCAUAAUUGGGUUCCACAAGAUGCAAACUUAACACACACCCCACCUCCUUCACGCAAGUAGAGGAAGCCAUCUCAAACCUUUCCACCACCCGCCGCCAUCUUGAAGGGCCCCACAUUAGAUCCUCAGUGGGUGCAUCUGUUCUCUGCUUCCUGUCUUUUGAGCUGCUCAGGUUAACCCCUCAACGAAUCUGCCUACACUACAGACAAAAACAAAAAACCAGGAAGCACUUUGGGGGUCUGUCCCAGCUUCUGCCAAAGAAACUGGGGGCUUGUGGGUAACGGAGGGGCUGAGCCCCCACGGCAAAAAAGGGGCCUGCAUCCGUGGCUUGAAGAGAAAGCUGGGGCUGACUUGGAGGCCUUGAAUUAGUGUUUCUCAACCGUGGCCACUUUAAAAGGGCUGGACUUCAAUUCCCAGAAUUCCCUAGCUAGGGAAUUCUGGGAAUUGUAGUCCACCUUUCUUAAAGGGGCCAAGCUUGAAAAACACUGCCUUAAAAAUUCAGGAUUAAACUGGGAGACUAUUCCUUUCUCCCUGGGACCUACAUCCUACCAGAUUAUCUGGGGGGGGCGGGAAUAUAUUCCCCACUUUUUCACUCUCCUGGCAAUUGAAACGUGGUUUUUGUGCUUUCUCGCUGCGGGCAGCUGGGCUAAAUUCCACAGAGGCUAGUUUUUCUACGUUUCCUUCCAGAGGGUUGUGGCUGUGGGGUGAAUAGGGUGGGUUGCGAAAGCUGGGCUCCCACCCACCCACCCACCCACCAACAAACCCAGUGGCUCCCCGCAAUUUUUUCUAAAGGCACUUAAUUUGGGGGAGUGGGAGUCGU